UUCUCCAAAAUAAACUCAUCAAAAUAUGAUCUGAGUUCACUAAUGGCUCCAAAAAGAGUUAUGCUUGCAGUGUUCUUUGUCAUCUACUCUUUAAUAUUCUUCUCAGCAAAAUCAGAAACUUGGGUUAAAGGUGGUUACUGGUAUUCACGCAGCAAGCUCCCGAGUUCGGGCAUAAAUUCUGCUCUCUAUACACACCUUCAUUGUGCUUUUGCGGAUGUAAAUUCAACCUCUUAUGAACUCUCUUUACCAGAGUCUGAUGAGAAAAAGUUCUCCAAUUUCACAGAUACUGUGAAACAGAAGAACCCAUCAGUCUUGACUCUUCUAUCAAUUGGGGGUGGAGAUGCAAGCUAUUCAACUUUUUCUUCAAUGGUGAGUAAUUCAUCUUUCAGAAAAUCUUUCAUUGAUUCUUCAAUAAGAACGGCCAGGCUUUAUGGCUUCCAGGGCCUAGAACUUGGUUGGGCUUCCGCAAACUCAAGCUCUGAUAUGUACAACAUGGGAGUUCUCUUUGAAGAGUGGCGAGCCGCUAUCAAGUUGGAGACAGGAAACUCUAGCCAUGCACAACUUAUAUUGACUGCAGCUGUUCGCUUUCAACCAGGUUUAGAUUCAAGAAGCAUCCCUGUAGAAGCGAUGGAACGGUACUUAGAUUGGGUUACUGUUCAGGCUUAUGACUACUACACGCCUCAGCGGUAUAAUUUCACUUCCGCUCACGCUGCUUUGUAUGAUCCAACUAGUAAUGUUAGUACUGAUUAUGGUAUAAGCGCUUGGAUUAGCAGAGGACUUUCUGCUAAUAAGAUGGUUUUGGGUUUGCCUUUCUAUGGUUACGCGUGGACGCUUGCAAACCCCGUGGAAAAUGGUAUUGGUGCCCCAGCAACUGGAGCAGCCAUUAGAAGAGGUGGAGCCAUAAAUUAUAAGGACAUCAGGGAUUAUGUUCUGAGAUAUGGGGCUAAUGUUAUGUACAACGCAACUUAUGUGGUGAAUUACUGUACCGUCGGGUCAACUUGGAUUUCUUUUGAUGAUGUUGAGGUUGUCAGAAUUAAGGUUGCUUAUGCCAAGGAGAAGAAGCUACGUGGUUACAUUGCGUGGGAGACCCCCUACGAUGAUAACUGGAUGCUUUCUCAAGCUGCAGCUCAAGAGGGUAAUAACGAUGGAAGAAAUAAGCGGCGGUUUUUAGCAAUUUUGUUGUCUACUAGUGCAGCUGCUAUUCUGCUUCUGGGCUGCUUUUUGAUAUAUUACUUCUGGAUAAAGAAGCUCAAAUCAAAAGGAUCAAAGAAGAGAAUAAAUGACCCAUCUGCAGCUGGGGAUUUUAACAGCAAUGCUCCUAAUUUGAUAACUUAUAAUUUUCAUGACAUUGAAGCCGCUACAGACAGAUUUUCUUUUGAAAAUAAGCUUGGGGAAGGAGGAUAUGGUCCUGUUUACAAGGCCUUGCUACCCAAUGGGCAGGAAGUAGCAGUGAAGAAACUUUCAAAAACAUCCACACAAGGAUAUGAGGAGUUCAGGAAUGAGGUUAUGCUUACAGCAAAGCUCCAACAUGUAAAUCUUGUUCGACUUUUGGGAUUUUGUACUGACAGAGAAGAGCAGAUGUUGAUCUACGAGUAUAUGCCAAACAAAAGCUUGGACUACUACCUCUUUGAUCCUAUUAGACGAUAUAUAUUGGAUUGGAGAAAACGUAUACAUAUCAUUGAAGGGGUUACUCAAGGUCUUCUAUAUCUUCAAGAAUACUCAAGAUUGACUAUCAUUCAUCGGGACUUGAAAGCUAGUAAUGUUUUAUUGGAUGAAAAUAUGAAGCCUAAAAUAUCAGAUUUUGGUAUGGCUAGAAUAUUUGCAAAAGAUGAACUUGAAGCAAACACUGAACGAGUUGUUGGAACCUAUGGGUACAUUCCUCCUGAAUAUGUUAAAAGAGGCAUAUACUCUACGAAAUCUGAUGUGUACAGUUUCGGGGUUUUACUUCUACAAAUUAUAAGUGGAAACAGGGUUUCUUUAUUCUAUGGCCCCGAAGAAAACUUAAGCCUACUGGAUUAUGCAUAUGAGCUUUGGAAAGAUGGCAAAGGCACAAACUUUAUGGAUCCAUCACUAGACGAUAUGAAUUCCUCUUGUAAAUUAAUAAAGUGCUUGCAAAUAGCUUUGCUAUGUGUCCAAGAAAACCCAAAUGAUAGACCAUCCAUGUUGGAAGUUUCUUCUAUGCUUAAAAAUGAAACCUUCGAGAUAAUGAGCCCGAAGAAGCCCGCUUUCUCAGUACAAGCUGAUGGAGAUAAAGAAACUAUAUGCACAUUCAAUGAUACAACCAUUUCAGAAGUUGUAGGUAGAUGAUUGCAGCAAAUGUGAUGACCAAUGUGUGUUAUAUCCUCAGAAAGAACACAUAGGAUUUGUAUUGUCACAAGUUUCUUAGCCUCCAUUUUUGUUUAUAUUAUCAGUACUUUCUCAGCUGGCACAUAAGGGAAAACUAUGACUUAUCUAUUAAUCAAAUGACUGGAUUUUCUUGUCAAAUGAAGAUAUCAGU